CACCCAUCCAUCCAAUUCGUCGCUCUUUGUCUCCUCUGUCCACGCACAACCUCCCACCUACGACAUGGCAUCUCUCACCCACAGCUCGCGGGCGCUGUUGCGUGCUGCCCCACGCACCGUAGGCAGCGUGCGCGCGCUCAGCACGACUACGCAGAAAAAUGCCUCGGGCGAGUCCGGCGUCAACGCCCCGGCCUUCGAGAGCCCCUUCAAGGCCAGCGCCAGCAAGGCCAAUACCAGCCAGAUCCCCGAUUUCAGCAAAUACAGGAGCAAGAAUGCCAAGAGCAGCAACCUCCUGUUCCAAUACUUCAUGGUUGGGUCGAUGGGCGCGAUCACCGCCGCGGGUGCCAAGUCUACCGUUCAGGAUUUCCUUGUCAACAUGUCCGCAUCUGCCGAUGUCUUGGCCAUGGCCAAGGUCGAGGUUGACCUUGCUGCUAUCCCAGAGGGCAAGAACGUUCUCAUCAAAUGGCGUGGAAAGCCAGUCUUCAUCCGUCACCGUACUGCCGACGAGAUUAAGGAGGCCGAGGAUAUCAAGAUUGAGUCGCUACGUGACCCCCAAAAGGAUGCCGACCGUGUCAAGAAGCCAGAGUGGUUGGUCAUGAUUGGUGUCUGCACACAUUUGGGAUGCGUACCCAUUGGUGAGGCUGGUGACUUCGGCGGAUGGUUCUGCCCUUGCCACGGUUCUCAUUACGAUAUCUCCGGCCGUAUUCGCAAGGGACCUGCACCACUCAACCUCGAGAUUCCAGAGUACGACUUCGCGGACGAGACCAACCUGGUCAUUGGUUAAGCUGAGCGGGUUUUGGUUAAUAGUUGAUAAACGGGGUUCCAGCAAGAUAAAUAGAGGCGGAAGAGCGGUGGAUUUUGUGUAUCAUGAUGGCUUGAUAGUGAUAGAGAAGAGUGAUAGAUGGGUGGUAGCGAGAGUUGCCGAUUGUACAAAAUAUCAUCAAGAGUGCAUUCAAAUCAUUAUCCGAAUUAUGUCAUUCAUUGGAGACUGGGACAUGAAAUUGAGUUCAUAGCAUACAUUCAAGUGAGGAAUGUAGACACCCAUUCGACAGAGUCCAC